CGGCCCGGCCAUGGGCGCCAAGCAGAGCGCCCCCGCCGCUGCCAACGGCCGCGCCCGCGCCUACUCAGGCUCUGACCUGCCCCCGGCCGGCGGCGCCGUGCGGGGCCGCGCGCCCGCGCCCCCGACCCCGGCCGCCUCGGGCUCGGCCGCCGCCCCCGCGCAGUCCGCGGCCGCCUCGGGUUCGGGCUCGGCCUCGGCGCCCCGGGGAGGCGGCCGCUCCCUGGGCGGCGGCGGCGGCGGCGGGGGCGCCCGAGCGGCGCAGUCUGCCGUGCACAUCCCCAGCAGCAGCAGCAGCAGCGGCCCGUACGGCUCGCAGGACUCGGUGAACAGCACCUCCGACGAGGGCCGCUCGGCCGCCGGCGGGCCCCGCCUCGUGAUAGGCUCGCUGCCCGCGCACCUCUCCCCGCACAUGUUCGGAGGUUUCAAGUGCCCGGUGUGCUCCAAAUUUGUACCUUCAGAUGAAAUGGAUUUGCAUCUUGUGAUGUGUUUAACAAAGCCACGGAUAACCUAUAAUGAGGAUGUGCUAAGUAAAGAUGCUGGAGAAUGUGCAAUAUGUCUGGAAGAACUGCUGCAAGGAGACACGAUAGCAAGACUGCCUUGUCUGUGCAUUUAUCAUAAAAGCUGCAUAGACGAAUGGUUUGAAGUCAAUAGGUCUUGUCCUGAGCACCCUUCAGAUUAAGCGUCUGAUUCCUGUUUUGUUUUCUUAUGUCUUUUCAAGAUGUUUGGAAAACAUAAGAGAAUAUGAGGACCUGUCUCUGGGGAAAAAACAUAUGCAGCCAGAAACCUGAGUUCUAUGGGACUGAUCACAUAGAGAUGGACAAUCAGAGAGACGAGGACACUUCCUCACCCAGAGCUGGGUGUACCGAGGGUGCCCAGAAAAGGACGCCCCGCAGGGACUCUGAACAUGCUGCACAGCCCUCAGUCUUCGUCUACCCAUAGUUACUGUUGGUAAACGUUUUGUAUUCAGACGCCAAAGUUAACUAAUUUCAUAGUGGAUUUACUUCUUCCUAAGUUCCCUAGAGCUGUAAAUGGAUUUAGGGGUUUGGGGUUUUUCUCUUUUCCUCCCAACUUGGAAGUUUUUGCAUUCUCAGAUUCUAAAGUAAAGAUGACCUCAAACUUUCUUCUUGGGGAUUAACACCUCAAACUAGGUGAUGGAGCAGCAGUCAAACCUUUUUUCCUGAAUGCAGACCAUGAUCUCACGUUCUUCCAGACACCUCCAAAGGAAAAGUGAAAAGCCCUAUGUGGCUCAAAGAGCCUAGUGAAAUUUGGGAUUGAUUCCCUUAGACCUGCUCAAUCUGGAUGGCUUCCUUCCUUGUUAGGGAGAAGCCCCUGCCCAUCAAUGUGGUGGCAGCUCCGUGCAGCUAUGCAACUUCCUAAGGAAGGACCAGUUUUAAGUGCUGCCGGGAAUGGGAAUUUCUUUUAACGGGUAUUUUUGUUUUUUCAGGUAAUUAUUUUUCUGUACUUUCAUCUCCAGGCUGCCUCUCCAAGUGGGGGCAAAAUAUGAAAACUUAAAGAAUAACUGCUGAAAUGUGGGGAGAGAAGUUUUCCAAGUUCCUAAGAUUAAGUUUGGAUGGAGCUCAGAAUAAUUUGCAGAACAUUUUAUAGAUUUUUUUUUUUUAAAAAUCAAAUUUAAUUUGCAUGGCAGAUUCAUAGCAAUUUGCAUCUUUCAUUUUCCAGAUAAUCUGGAGAUUAGCAUUUGAUAAUUUUUUAAAACAAGUAUGGAGAUUUUGUUAAUUUAUAAUUUAUUAAUGUAUUGUUACUGUGCUGCAUAUGUAUGUUAAUUUACAGAGGCUUUUAAACAGUCCUGUAGGGGAAAUGUACUGAGGAAAAUUAUGUGAAUAAAUAAAUAAUAGUUCCCACAAAAUACAUCUGAAUGGUUUAAACUGAGGAGAAAUCAGGGCUAUUUAAGCGAAUGUCUUCUAUCAAUACAAUAAGUAAUUUCUGCAUUUUCAACACAAAGGGGAAAAAGUUAGCGUGAAGAUUCUGACAUGUACUUGCUGGAGCUCAGAAGGAAGCCAUCCAGGCCAGUUUCUGAGCAGAUGGAAUGUUUCCUCCUCUUCCUUGCUGCUGUCUGGGCUCCCACACUCUUGCCCUCUCCCGCCGCACCCGGGACGACGUGUUCACCCCUGCGACCCCUCUGAUUGCUUGCUGUGAGAGCCUAAUCUUAGAUCACAUUUCCCCUGAAACUCUGCUGUGAAAUGCCUUGUGUGAUGCUGCACACGAUUGUAGAUUCCAAAGCUACUCCUGUAUCAUCCGACCACAGUGUCCUGGUGCUCCUGAACCGAUUCAGGACAAGAUUCCUCCCUCAGAUGCUGGCUCUUCGAAGCUGCUUUAUGGUUUCAGUUUUGUGAAUCAUUCCCUCAUCACCUACCAACCAAUUAGACUGUGAAGGAUGUUUCUUUCUACACUCUGGAGACUCCGUGGCGGGCAGAACUCCUGGGGUUCCCUAUGAGAAACUGAUUCUAGUGGGGGUGGCUCACUGACCAUGUUCUCCUACAGGCUGAUUUUUUCAAGGUGAUUAUUUUUUACAUUUUCCUUUCUGACAGUAGGUGUCAAACCCACAUUGACCUGAGUCCUUUCUGACUGUGUGUCCUGCAAUAAGACAUCCUUGGGCCUCAUUGCCUCUUUUAGUCUUGCUCUCUGCAGAACUGAAGUGUUCUAGUUCUGCUGGGCCAGGACCAGUUCCAGAUAUCACUGGAAAAGGUUUACCGAAUUAAAAAUAAGCCUAACUUGGUGUUGGUUUGUGGUUUUCUAAGUCGAUUGUGGAGCCAGCAGGGUUUCAUUACUAAUCUAGAGCAGUUUCUAUUGAAAUCUGAGGACCAGCCUGGUUUAAAAACAAAACAACAAACAAAAACAGAAACUGCCAUUUUUACUUUAAAUUUAGACUUCCUGUAAUAUUAAUGUGCAAAUUAAAAAAAAAUUACUCAAAUCUAAAUAGUUCAGAAUUUUAGCUCCAAACAGUUAAACUCUGAAAAACAUCCCAAGGAAAAUGCUUGACAUUUGUAAAUGGUCUAGAGGUGCUAGGUCUUAGAGACCUAGCUCUCUCCCCACCAGCCCUGCUGGCUAAAAUGGAGGGAGAGCUGAAAGCCCAAAUGAGCAAAAUGUCUCGCCCUUCCCCACAUGUUGCACAUGUUCUGUCAUAGUGUCUGUCCCUCCUGGCUCCAUAGUGUGUUGAUUGCCAGUUUUUACCACACGGCACACAUCGCUCCCCAGUCUUUUUCCUGGACCUAUUUCUUGCUUAAAUGUGCAAGAAAAACUAGAUCUUCUUAAAAACUCAGGUUUUACCAUUAAAUGAGCUGUUUUGUCAAAUCGUCAAACAGACCAGUAAACAUAAUAUAUUCUGAAGGGCAUAUUUUUUAAAUUUGGGCACAAGCUGGAGCAUAGAUUGUAUUUUACAAAAAGUGAUUGCAUUUCCUGCCAUAACUCGGAUAAAAUCAAACAGCAGCUGCUGGUGGUAAAAGGACACCUUGAGCUAGAGGUGCCUCAGGGCCCUCUCCCCAGGGCAGAUGCCCAGUUAAUUUUUUGAGUUCCUUUCAUGAGAAUGUCUAAGAUUGGCUUUAAAUGUUCCCAUCACCAAUCAAGAUUCACAGAUUCUGUGAUAUGGGAUAGACAGGUUUGGUGAAAGUGCUUGUAAAUCCUAGUGCUUUAUGUGAAACAAGUGAAGACUUGUUUUGCCACCUUAUAAAAGACUAAAUUACAGAUAAAUGUCACUUAUACUUACUGUUCCUAAUCAAGGAGUGUGGAAGGCAUAACAACAAGUGAGAUUGUAAGGCGAAGUAUAUUGUAAACUCUGGGUUUUUCAAACAGAAUAAUUGAAUUUAACUGGCCAUUGGCAUUCCCCCACUACACUGACAUUUUUUUGACAUCAACUUUUGCAUCUAAAUAAAAUAAGCACAUGCUAGGAGUAAAUCAAAACAAAUGAGUAGUUCCUGCUGGAUCUCAAUCCCUCUUAGGUGUUUGAUCUAAAAUUUUGAAAUAAGAAGCCUUUUAUGUGACAGCAAUUGAAAGAGACUAGCACCAGUGGCAGAGAAACUGAGGUUUCCACAUUUCUAGGCAAUGUCAGGCUCCAACCCCUACAUCCCCUUUCCUGUAGUGUAUAACUACUGACUGCUGCGUUUUGUGCAUAACACUGGCUGAUUAUCAGGUUGUUGGUUUUCCCCCCUCAUUUUCUUUUCUAUCCUGAUAGGUUACUGCUUGCUAGUUUCUAAAGGGAACUGCCAUCCAAAUUUCUUUGUGGUCCUUGCCUGGCAACAGCAGGUUAGUUUGCUUUGCUCAGACAAAACAAUCCCCAGCUUGAAGCUCUGAGUGAACAUCUUUACCCGGAAUGUUGCCUAACCACAUGGUCUCUAUUUGAAACAAAGAAUGACUGUAUUUAUUAGGAAAUAUGUCCCCUCCCUAGCCAACUCGGCUUGCUAAUAGCUUCUAGCACCAAAGGUAAUCAGGUGCAUUAAUCUUUGGUUUUGUCAUUGGGAACAAGUGUGUUAAUGGUCUUAAAGCCAUCUUACCUCAACCAGUAGCCAUCACAAUGGUUCUGAGAGGAUGCCAGAAAUAAGGGACUGGAUGGCACGUGUGUGCUGGAACCCUGGCCAACAGACCUGGCUGCUGACAUGUGCUAGCUUUGCCUAGGCUGCCGGGCGUCCCUCAGAUCCCCGGUGUGUGUGCAUAGGAUGUGAUAAACUCCAGAAGGAGCCCUCUGACCACCCCAUACCAGGCUUUUAUGGGCAUUGCCCUUUUAACUUUGAGAUUCACAUCUUCCCUCCUAGUUUCUGAUCUGAAGACGUCUUGCUGGGUCUUGAUGGUUUGUAUCGAAAAUUAGGUAACCACUUCACAUAGAGGCACUAGGAAAGUAGUUAACAGUCUAAAAUAAAGUUUUUAUUAACUAGCAUUUGUUGUGUAGCCAUCACAUACACAUUGUAUUAGGCCUUUAUUAUCUCCCGUGGCCUCUUGCUACCACACUGAGCACUCAGGAGGCGGGGGUGGGGGGUGGGGGGGGUGGUUUGCCCUUGGACAUAGUUGCAUGACGCUUUCCAAUUGGAUUUAGGAGAAUAAAUCCCACUAUUUCUCUAGAAAUAAUUUGCCAUGAGUAUCAUUGUUUGAAAAUAAAGGAAAUGUGUGAUCAUGACUUCAUUUCUGUUGGUAAUGUUCCCUGCCAUUUCCUUUUAGCUCUUCUGAAUUUACUAGAGUAAUACUGUUAAGGGAGCAUAAGGUUUCCAUUAUUAAAAGUAGCAAAUUAACUCGUAUCUCCUGAGUUCCAACUAAAAUAGGGCAUCCACUUUAGGCGUUUGAAUACGUUAUUCUUUUAGUGAUUUUGCCAAAGUGUCAAAAUAUUUUAAGGUAGAAAGAGGAGAGAAGACUUUUGAGGGAAUAUAUUUUUAACUUGUCUCUAGAUUGUGUCCCAAAACACCAUUAAUACAGAACUGGAAAAGUUUGGGACACUGAGCCCCUUAGCAUUAAUGUUACAUGAUAAUAUGAGUAUUUGAUUUUGCACACUUAACCCAACAAAUAUACUGACAGGUAUUAGAUAAAACUGUAAAUCACUUAAAAAAUAAUUGUUAUUUUAGUGGUGAUGGUCUUCCUUCAUUACCUUAAAUUUAAACAAAUGUAACAUUUGAAUUGUUGAAUGUAGUGCCUGCUUCUAGAUUUUGUGAUUGAAACAUGAUUUGAAGGCUUAAGAUGGUGGGGAUUUUUGACAGUCUGCCAACACAAUCAUAAAAUAUUUUUUGAUUUUAGGUUGUAUGUUUAAUAACAUUCCAUUAUGUAAAGAAAAUGUAAUAAAUCUUUUGAAGCACAAUUUGCAAUGACAGGUAUGUUACGAGUUCUCAAGGUUUCUUUCUUAUGGAGGUGUGUUUAGCCCAUUUUAGUUUUAAUUGGAUUUCCAAUUGAAUUUGUUCAAUGUAAGCAAACUUGUUAUGUAGUAGAAAGAAUCAGGUUCUGGGAUCUAGUUUCAAUUCUGUAGGUAAAUCUGAUUGCAUGACCUUGAGCAGAUGACUUUUUUGUUCAUUUUAGCUACCUAUGUGCUGGGCGCUGGGCUAAGCACUUUAUUUUAAGCUGUCUUAUUUGAUCCUUAUAAUGCUUCUACGAUCUAGAUAUUAUUCCUAUUUUACAGUUUUAUAAACAGGAAGAUAGGCCAAGUGAUUUGGCCAGGAUGAACACAGCUUAUAAAUGUAACUUUUGAAGACACAAACAAUGCCAUUGAGGAGAAGAGCUGUCUAAGAAGAUGAUGGGAAGCCAGUAUGUAUUAAAGAGCAAAGCAGGAACCAGGGCACGGGAGCAUGGGAACACAAUUUAAGAAUGAGAAAACAAGGACAAAAUUAGGUUUUUAAGUAGUGAUAGCAAGAGGCAAUCAAAGUUGAUCACUUGUCAGGGCAUUUUUAUUCUUCUUUGGAUUUGGACCAAGAGAACCUCUUGAGAUCCCUUCCACUUCCAGAAUUCCCUGACCAUUCUAGUAUGAGCUUUAGUAAAAUGUGGCCCCUGGAAGAUUACUUUUCAGAUUCUCUCCCCCCCCAAUCUGUGUUGGAAGAUAAGAGCAGAUGGGAGAAGGGCAUGCAUCCUCUAGGAAGCCAUGGUGAGCCUACAGUAUACUGGCAGCAGCAGGGACUGUGUGGAAUGGACAAAGCUUAGGUCAUCACUGUCAUGCACACCAAGAAUGGGGGAGCUCCAAGUGGAAAGGUGCUACUGAAUUGAGAUGUGGAAUCAUAAUCGAUUGUCGAAUUUUAAAUUGACGCUCUACACUUUUUUACUUUUGUUUCAAAAGUUUCAGAGAAAUAAAAAUUUUGCUUUCUA